AUGGAUAAUGGAAUAAUUGAAAUUGAACCCAGUGAACUAAUGUUUAGUCCAAAUAGUAAUAGAGUUGGGCUUACAAUUACAAACAAUAGUCCAGAACCACUCGACUUAGAAAUAAGAAUUAAAAGUAGUUGUUCAGAGAAAUUUAAAAUUCCCUAUCUCAGAGGAGACGAAAAUAGAACAAUUUGUAAUAAUAAUAAAACAGGCACCGUUCCAUUGUGCCCACAAGAGCAUCAACUAUUUUAUGUAUAUCAUGAGCCAAAUAGUAACACAUCUCCAUCUUCAAAUGCACAGUUAGAGUUAGAAUAUAAAGACCAAAAGGGUCAACAGAAUGUUGUAUCUAUACCACUUAUUAUUUCAAAUUAA